CUGUAGCGUGACUGUAAGGUGUAGUGGAAGCUCUGCUCUGUGCUGACUGAUCAUUGGACUGAUUGCUGGACAUUUUAACUACGCUGCAGUCGUGAUGGGCAGAAACUGAAUGUAUAGACCAGAUUUUUUUCUGACUUUAGGCCAGAACACAAACAACAACAGGAGCAUCUAAACCAGAAAGCUGCAGGACAACAGUCUGACUUCAGAGUGACCAUGGACCCGAGGAACACCCCAUCCUAAAUUCAGCAGAGGCCACGCCCAUCAUGGAUGAACUGGAUGUCGGGGAAGAUGGCAGGAAAGAAACACUGCUGCACCGACCUGGCUUCCCCGAGGCAGACACCGCUCUGUUAUACCCCCCUCCCCUGUCCCCGGACCCAAUCAGCCCGCUGACUCACCUGGGGACGCUGCCGUCCGGACACGAUGCAGCACGGACGGGUGGAUGGGACAGGAGACUGAACUCAGGGUUUCAAGGCUGUCAGUUACUGGGAACAUCAGCAGAUCUAGGACGAGAAGCCCACGCAGACCAGAGUGUCACCAUCCUGCACGCCAAGGUCGCUCAGAAGUCCUACGGCAAUGAGAAAAGGUUCUUCUGCCCUCCUCCUUGUGUUUACAUCACUGGCCAUGGAUGGAAAGUCACGCAGGACCAUUUAAAAGCGGCCGGUUAUGGCGACUCUGUGUAUCGAGUGUGUGGUUACAUGUGCCUGGACAGCUCCAGCCAGUCACAGGCAGACGCAUUCAAACUGGUGUUCGAUGAACAGCCAAACUCCAGGAUGUUCGCUUGCGCCAAGACGCUGUUUAUCUCUGAUCAGGACAAGAGGAAGCAUUUCUGCUUGCUGCUGCGCCUCUUCUUGAACAACAGACAGGAAGUGGGUUCGUUCCAGAGCCGGAUGAUCAAAGUCAUCUCCAAACCCUCCCAGAAGAGACAGUCCAUGAAGAACGUGAUCCGAAAGGUCAACAAGCAGCACGCCAUCUUAGACGUGGACGAGCCCGUUUCUCAGCUCCAUAAGUGCGCCUUUCAGUUCAGAGACAACCCUCACGCCUAUUUGUGUCUAACCAACGACGCCAUCAUACAGUACCAGGCCCCGUUCAGCGUCAGAGAUCCCAGCAAAGUGGUGCUGAAUGACGGGUCCUGUUGGACCAUCAUCGGGGUGGAAGUCGUAGAGUUCACUUUCAAUCAGGGUCUAGCUUGUAUCACGACACCAGUUAGCCCAUUUCCUGUUGUCACUGGGUUAGAGGUGAACGGUGGAGGGCACGUCGCCAUGCUGGAAAUUCACGGAGAAAACUUCACUCCUCAUCUGAAAGUCUGGUUUGGCAACGGCGAAGCAGAGACCAUGUACAAGUCUCCCAAAUCUCUGCUCUGCGUCGUUCCCGAUGUUUCGGUUUUCAGUGACGGCUGGCGCUGUCUGCGGCGCGUCAUCACCGUCCCUCUGUCUCUCGUCCGACUGGAUGGACUGAUUUACCGCACCUCCUACAGUUUCACCUACACGCCUGAGCUCCAGCCGCCCCCGUCGGCCAGAAUGACAGCCGGAGGAGGGAAGAGAGAAGGAGGGAUGGGUGGAGGACAAGACGAUGACAUCCUGUUGGAGACCAUCCAUCAGGAGUUCACCAGAGCCAAUUUUCACCUCUUCAUGCAGAGUUAGUUCGUUUGGAAUCACAGAAAUCAAAGUGUACAAAUAGCUGAACUGGAGACAGGUGUGACAUCAUAAUUACCUUCCUUCCAUCUGCUCUGCACAUUAAAAUUAAAGCGUUUUCUUCAAGCUCA